AUGGUAUUUCUGUUGGUCAACACCAGCCUGUCCAACGAUGAUCUCCUCGUGGAAGACUUGGAGACAGAAGGAGAGAGGCAGCUGAAGAGCCUCCUUCACCACCAGCUCGAUACCAGUAUUUCCAUCGAACAGUGCAAAUCGAAGCGGAGAUGCUUUGCCCCUGCAGCUUUUUACAAGCCUUUUGGGGAAGAGGCCGCGGGGGCUUUGACCUUGUCACAGUUCCAGGCCCUGCAGGAGAGCGACAAGGAAACUGCUUCUCUCCGGGAACUUGGGCUCUCGGACUCGGAGAUUCUGCUCUGGAAGAACCGGGCUUCAACAGAGAAGGGUUCAGGGCUGGGAGCGGCCCCUGAGGCCACACAGGACCGACUCCAUGCCAUCCAUGAGAAGAUGGAAGAGCGUCAGCGCAUACUCUCCCUACCCCAGAGGUUUGCUGGCAGCAAGCAGCUGAGCCGGAGGGAGAUGGAGAUUGAAAAUGCGCUCUUUCAGGGAACAGACCGUCAUUCCUUCCUCCGGGCACUCUACCACCAAGAUGACACUCAGAAGAGGAUAGCAAAUGAAAAGGACCCCAUGGUUCACCUGGAGACUGUUUAUCAAGAGCUGCUGAGCAAGCAGUUGCCUGAGGAACUCCAGCCUACAAGGACUGAUCCAUGCUUGCCCCUUUCUGUGGCCCCAAAGCAGCCUGCGUUUGAGGAAACAUCGCUUUCAGACCAGGGAGAGCAGGCAGAGCAGGAAGGAAGUCCCAGCCUGCCUGCAACAAAGCCCCACCCGCCCCCCUCAAGCCCUGUGACUAUAAAAGACCCCGUGGAGUUUGUUCCAGAAGAGGAGAUCUGCAAGAACCGGCUCUCAGAGGAAGAACUCCGGAGUAUCCCCAGGUUUGCCUCCUACCAUCCUGGAGAGCCCAGCAAGGUGCUGUAUUUGAAGAACUUGGGUCCUCGAGUGACGAUGAAGGAGCUAGUGUCCUUGUUUGCUCGGUUCCAGAGGGAGAACAGCCCACCGGUCCAGUUUCGCCUGCUGAGUGGCCGGAUGAGGGGUCAGGCUUUCAUUACCUUCCCUGAUACUCAGGCAGCACAGAAUGCUAUGCAGCUGGUGAAUGGGUACAAUCUGCAGGGGAAGCCUCUGGUUAUUGAAUUUGGGAAAAGCAAGGGGCAUUCAUCAGAGGCCAACUCUGCCAUCCCCUCUUCCUGUACUGGAGAGAACCCACCUGCCAAGUAAGGGAUGGAUAAUCUGGGGACCUUGUGGAUUUGCACAGGCCUUGGGAACGCCUUGGUCAGAACUGGGACGGUAAAGGACUGCUGCCAGGAGUUAACAUACAGGUCUAUAAAUCUCAAAGUGGGGAAAGGCGAGAGCUAGGACUAGGCUCUUUGAGUGACGUGGGAAAGAGCUCCUUCCUAGCCUGAGCCAGCGGGGAAGGUCAAGGUGAUGGGGUGAAUGUGGCCUCUCCCAGUGUAGUGUGUGGCUUGACCCUGGUUUGAGGGCACCUGAGGAUCUCUUUAAGUGUUGUGUGAGGAUCAGAGCUGUGUUUGUGCCCUUCUGUAUACAGUUCUAGCACUGUCUUUACUCUGUUAGGGUAUACUGGCUUUUUCCUCCUGGUCUACAGUUCUGUAUCUGCCUUCUCAGCCCUUUGUGGGAAGGAGGAAGAGAGGAAACCGUAUGAAUAAAUGCAUUUAUAUUGUG